CUUCGAGAGCGUACCGGCGCACAUCGUGCUGCGUCAUUCGUAGACGCGGUGGCGAGGCUCCGCUAGUGGGCUUCAGGGCAGCUCCUCGAGAUGUCUGUGGCUUUCGUACCUUACUGGAUGAGAGGCAAGGCAGUGGUUGAUCAAGAGACGAUCCAGCGACUCCUGGAAGAGAAUGACCAGCUGAUCCGCUGUAUUGUGGAGUAUCAGAACAAGGGCUGCGCUAACGAGUGCGUUCAGUAUCAGCAAGUGUUACACAGAAAUCUCAUUUACUUAGCUACCAUUGCAGAUGCCAGCCCAGCCAGUACGUCAGAAGCAGCGGAGUAAUUUUCUAGUUGAGUGUUGUAAGGAGUGAGGGAAUAUAAUCCAGCUCCUAUGAAAUGGAGACAGACCAUUUCAAUUGCCUAGAAUGUGAAUGAAACUUCUGUGCUGCUUUUUCAAAUGUGAAAAUGUGAACAAGCCUACUAAUUUAACUGUAUUCUCAAUGUAAAUAUGUAUUUUAAUAAUAAAUCAGAUCCCCUCUUUGAA